AAAUAAUCCCUGAUUACGUAAUCUUAUCUAACUCAUGAAUAAAUCAACUACCUACCUAUAAUAUCUUCGCACCAAGAAAUACUUCAACUCAUCAUAUCAUAAAGCCAAAUUAGACACAAUCACCCAUAUACACAAGUAGGCAAUUCAGUCAUUCGAAACGCUUUCAAGCGAUGUUCACGUCCUUUCAAGUCGAUAUCAUGAUUUUAAACACGAUUCUCUUGCUGAUCGUUACAUUGAUCCUGUACGUUUACUUUUUUCUGAAAAAAUCGUACAAAUACUUCGAUAAACAUGCAAUUCCGUACAUCAAACCACAUUGGUUAUUUGGUAACAUGAAGGAGGUAGUGUUGAUGAAAAAGCCAACAUGGAUGGGAUAUAAAGACAUGUACGAGAAAUUAGAACCUCACAGAUUCGCCGGAGUAUAUUUCAUGUAUAAACCUUACAUCAUGAUACGAGAUCCCGAAUUGAUGAAGACGAUUUUAGUGAAAGAUUUUUCAUAUUUCAAAGACAACGAGUUUGUUUCUACCAAGCACACCGAACCGUUCGAAAAACGCCUAUUUCAUUUGUCAGGAGACGAAUGGAAAAACAUGAGAGUUAAAUUAACCGGUGCAUUUAGCAGUAUUAAAAUGAAAUUGAUGUUUCCUUUGAUGACAUCUUGUGCUGAAAAUAUUAAACCGGCGUUGAUUAAUUCAACUUCACAUAGGCCAGUUUUCGAUGUAAAAGAUAUCUGCGGAAGACUUAUGACUGAUAUGAUAGGCAGUUGUGCCUUUGGAAUAGACACUCAUUCGUUACAAAAUCCAGAAUCCGAGUUCAUAAAAAUGGGCAGAAAGAUGUUCAAAUUCAGGUGGCAAACCUUGAUGAGAAGAUUCUUUCCAAAAAACCUCCCGCCAUGGCUCGUAAGAACCCUCGGCUUGGGAUCUAUUCCUCGCGAUGUGAGUCAAUACUUCAUGAAAAUUGUCGAAGAUAUGGUCAACUACAGGGAAAAAAAUAACAUCACUCGAGGCGAUUUCCUCGAUUUACUCAUCACCUUGAGAAAUCAAAAUGAUGAAAUAACCAUUGAAGAUAUAGCUGCACAAUGUUUCACAUUCUUAGUCGCCGGCUACGAAGGCGCAGUGAAUGGAGUAGCUUUUACACUAUUUGAACUAGCUCGUCAUCCUGAAAUGCAGAAUAAACUCAGAGAUGAAAUACUACGCACCUUGGACAAUAACGGAGGCAAAUCAACUCACGAGAUGAUGAAACAAAUGCCUUAUAUGGAUAUGGUGAUUUCAGAAACUUUGAGGUUAUAUCCAUUUGGAGGAGUGCAUUCUCGUAAAUGCACUGAAAAUUACAAGAUACCCAAUUCCGGAGUCGUGAUUCAAAAAGGAGCUUUACUCGCAAUACCUUUCAAAUCGUUACAUUUAGACAGAAGGUAUUUUGAAAAACCAGAUGAAUACUACCCCGAACAUUUCACAGCUGAGGCUAAACUCAAAAGCACCCUUUUGCAUAUCUGCCCUUUAGCGAAGGUCCGAGACAUUGUAUUGCUGAACGAUUCGCGAAAAUGCAAAUCUUCGUUGGGCUGGUUUACUUAUUAAAAGACUUUCAUUUUGAGCCAUCGUCAAAAACCAACACAACGCAGCCUAUACUACCGAACUCUACUGGAGGAAUAAACGUAAAAGGUGGACUUUGGUUGAAAUGUCGAUCAACAUAAUUUACACGAGGAAUCGCUCGAACAUUUACAGUUCUCAAAAUUAUCCAGAAUUAGCCGGUCUAACGCCUAAAUAUAGGAAUCUGAACAUUCGAGUCAAGAGACGCCCGGUCGUAUAUCUUCAAAAAUGCAGCCCGUAGUUCAUUUUUUUGAGCACAAUUUGAUAAUAAAAAUUUUUCGAUUAUUUCAAAAAAUCCAACUCCUAUUACGUUUAGGUAUACAUUUCUAGCAAAUUCAUUUUCGUCUUCA